CUCUAGAGUGGGAGGAGUGAGAAAGGUACCCUAGAUACGGUUGCUAAAUACGGAAAGCUACGAUAGGACCCGUUCAGCAUCCCCACCACCUCAGUUUGAGAAGGUGCAGGGACAAUGUUCUACGCUCACUUUGUCCUCAGCAAACGUGGGCCACUGGCCAAAAUUUGGUUGGCGGCCCACUGGGAUAAGAAGCUGACCAAGGCACAUGUGUUCGAGUGCAAUCUGGAGAGCAGUGUGGAAAGCAUCAUCUCUCCAAAGGUAAAAAUGGCUCUCCGUACGUCUGGCCACUUACUCCUGGGUGUGGUGAGGAUCUACCACAGAAAAGCCAAGUACCUGUUGGCAGACUGUAAUGAGGCUUUUAUAAAGAUUAAAAUGGCAUUUCGCCCAGGUGUGGUUGACUUGCCUGAGGAGAACCGUGAAGCUGCUUACAACGCCAUUACAUUACCUGAGGAAUUCCAUGACUUUGAUCAGCCUCUUCCAGAUUUAGAUGACAUUGAUGUUGCUCAGCAGUUCACCUUGAAUCAGUCCCGUGUGGAGGAGAUCACCAUGCGAGAAGAAGUGGGAAACCUGAGUUUACUGCAAGAGAAUGAUUUUGCUGAUUUUGGGAUGGAUGACCGAGAGAUGAUGCGAGAGGAAGGUGCAUUUGAGGUGGACAUCAUCCACGGAGCAUCUGCAUCUAACCUGCUGCUGGAAUCAGAGUCAAGUGGUGGACAGAUAGCUGACAAGUCCAAUCACCUGGAGUAUGACCAAUACAAGGACGACUUUGGUGACAACCCAAUGGAGAGCAAUGAGGGAGGCAUGCUGGUGGACAAGCUCCUCAGUAAUGAGGAUGGAGGUGGUAUUUUCGAUGACCCUUCAGCCAUCGCUGAAGGUGUGAUGAUGCCCCAAGACCACGGUGGAGAUGAUGAUGAUGAUUUUGACAAUCUUUCACCAGCAGGAGGUCCAGACAGUCCAGAUUCUGGUCCUGUGGAGCAGCUUCCCACCAUGACAGACCAGACUGAACAGACCACCCUGGUCCAUAAUGAAGAAGAGGCUUUUGCUCUGGAGCCCAUUGACAUCACAGUGAAGGAGACCAAGGCAAAGAGGAAGAGGAAGCUGAUUGUAGACAGUGUGAAGGAGCUGGACAGUAAGACCAUCCGUGCUCAGUUGAGUGACUACUCUGACAUAGUCACCACUUUGGAUCUGGCUCCCCCCACAAAGAAGCUGAUGAUGUGGAAGGAAACAGGAGGAGUGGAGAAGCUCUUUUCUCUGCCAGCUCAGCCCCUCUGGAACAGCAGACUGCUCAAGAUGUUCACACGAUGCCUGACCCCUCUGGUGCCCGAUGAACUGAGGAAGAGGCGGAAGGGUGGAGAAGCAGACAGCCUGGAUGAGUUCCUUAAAGACUUGGAGAACCCAGAAGUGCCACGAGAAGAGGCCCUGUCUCAGCAAAGAGACAUUAUUGACCAGACCAUGUUGGAAGAACCCAGUGUGUUGCAGGCCUCAGCCAUGGAGGGCAGUCGCACAACCCUUGAUGAGUCAGUCAUGCCUCCUCCUUCUGGACCCCGUGGACAGAAGCGCAAAGCUCAGGACACAGAGCCUUCCCUGCCUAUGCUUGAGGAUGAUCGCUCCUCCAUUGUGUCCACACAACACAUGAACAUGCAGCAGGUGGAGCUUCCCCCUGAGGACACGGGCAACAUCUCACAGUUCAUCCCUGAACUCGACCUCAUAGGAGAGAAGAGCAAAGACAAAAAGGAUGAUGAUGAUGAGGAAGAGGAGGAGGGUCAGAGUGGAGACCAGGAUCAGGAGGAGAGGAGAUGGAACAAAAGAACACAGCAAAUGCUACAUGGAUUGCAGAGAGUUAUUGCUAAGACUGGAGCUGAAUCGAUCAGCUUGCUGGAGCUGUGCAGAAACAACAACAAGAAACAAGCAGCUGCCAAGUUCUACAGCUUUCUAGUGCUGAAGAAACAGCAGGCUGUGGAGCUCAGGCAGGACGAGCCCUACAGCGACAUCAUCGCCACCCCUGGUCCCAGAUUUCACAUUAUAUAGACUCUUUACAGUCAACACCGGCAGGUUUUUUGUUUUUGUUUUUUUAUGUUUUUGUUUGAAUAUAAUGUGUUAUGUAUAUCUGUGCUCGUGCAUUUUUAUGCAUACUACAUGUGCUCUCUGUUACACAUGCAACAGAAAAAAAAAAAGUGCUUCUUACUGCAGUUUCUCAGUACAAGCAUGAACUUUGGACAUAUUUUUGAAAAUAUUGUUGAAGACAAAAAAUAAAUGGUAACAAUUUAGUGGGGAAAGAAAUUGUUUUUAGAUACAAUAUGGGAAAAAAAAAAAAAAACUUUUAUGUUCUUAGAGUUACAGAUCACCCAAAUACAGAUGCUUAUUUGUAUGGGAAUCGUCAAAAAUGUUGGUAUGUUUUCAUAGGACAGUAAAAAAUCAUUGCAGUGAAGAUCCAUAGCUGUGGUGUGCUUUGAGGUGUGUUCUCUUCAGUCAUUAAGUUUUUGAGAUGCUAUUUUAUAUUAUUUAUUGGCAAGGUUGCAUCAUUUUGCAUGCUUUGAAGUACAUGUUGACAAAUGCAACAUAUUUGUGUUUACUUUCGUGAAAGUGUUUGCUUUAUUGUUUUAACUUAAUAAAAUGGCGUUUUAGCUAAAUAUAUAUUUUUUAAAUAUAGUGAGGAAGAGUAUUGUCCUAGUGUUAACCCAUUCCGUUUUUUUGUUUGUUUGUUUGUUUGCAAACAAAACUACUACACUAACAAUACAUUUGUUCUAAAGCUGCCCUGACUUUUAAUGUUGUGAACAUUGAUCCAAAGGCAGCUUCAGAUUUGCUAGUAAUCCAUAAAAUAAUUUAAACAAACUUAUUGUUAUACUGUGAUAUGCACUGGUUGUAAAGAUAUUUUUUGUGAGAGCGCUUUUUGAAACAGUCCAUAGUCAUUUUUGUAAUAAAAGAAAAGUUCAUUGGUCUUUGUUUUUUUUUAAUGUAACUUUAUGUACUUUAUGAAAGCAGCUUGUAGUGUGUUAUAUUUAAAAUGUUGUUAUAUAAAUGGCAAUGCUCUGUUUGAUAUGUCACAUCUGAUAUGGUUAAUCAGUUACCACGAUCUGUUACAGUCCAUACAGUCCUUUAUUUAAAAUGCAAUGAAAACUUGUUUUCAUUUUCAAAGUACAACAAUACAUAAUACUGGUAAU